AUGCUGUACUCGCCGCCCACGAUUCUGCUUAUGGUGCCGGAUUCGCAGCCCAGCUCUGCCCGGAACCGUGCCAAUUCCAACCCGUUGGCGCCCUUCCAGCCUGGUUCCAUAGAGAUUCCCCGGAAUGAUUUGCGUCCACUAGAAAACCUGUUGUUUGGUCUCUCUCCUUCACCUGAUCCACACGCUAUGGCAGCCAACCACCCCAACGGUCUUGCGAGCGCACCUAUUGGCGAAAACACACUGGCGCUGCUGCUGUUUCUUGGUCCCACGCCCAACCGCAUGCGCUCGGGCUCUUUGUUUCUGACCCACUCCAUCUGGAAUGACGAUGUGCUUUCACAACACCUGCUGCACGCCCUGGGCUCUUUGGAUGUUUUUGCACCCGAACCUGCUGCAGGCGGCCCUUUCGGGCUCCCGACACGUAACCGUUCUCAUACUACAUCCGGUGUGGGUAGUGUGGGCGGCGUAGGGUCUAUGCACAACGACCGCAUGGCCAUAUCACCGUUUUUGGCGCCUGUGUCCCACGACCCGUCCCUGUCGUUGCUUCUUGACAACCUCGUGCUGAAUCUUGAAGUUCUGGGACAUACUCGCAGCCGGGCUCAAACAUAUUCGGGUGUCACACCUAGCAUCCCGGAAGUGCCGCUUUCGCACACCGAGAACGGCACCACCAAACAAAUGAGCGCAGCCCAUCCUUAUGGCAUGUCUGGCCACCAGCAUGAAUUUCAGGCCAAUAUAAAGAAACCUGACGGACUUACAGACGCCAAUGCCGACUUCAGAUUACCACCAAUGAACGAAUGCCGCCCUGUGCUACUUAAUGAUCUUAAUGUGGCAGAUGUCGUCGUGUGCAAUGGCUUUGAAAAACCCACUCAAACUCUUCUAUUCAAUAACUUGCCGCCCUUCAUGGAUGCAGCCAGUUUACACCAAUUGCUUUGUGGAACAGCAGGCAUGGCGGGCCGCGGGAUUAUAGCUAUCCACGUGGGCUCUACCAGUGCUACUCGCAUGGCUGUGGUGGAUUGUAUAUCCAUAGACGUCGCCAUGGCUUUGAGAGCCCGUUACGAUCAUGUGGAGCUUCUUCCAUCGUUUGUGUUGCAAGUGGCAUUCGCCAGAAUGAUGAAAAAAGAACUGUCGCAUAGCUCGCCAGGCUCGAUUCAACCAUCUUUAGGCUCUAUGCAAUCAUCGGGCGGUUUAAUGAGCUACUCCUCCGGCAGUUCUGUACCCACUCCAAGCACAGGCAGUCUGAAACAGAGCACAACCACCAAAAUAUCGAGUAUGAGAUCUCAAGGAAGUGAGAAGGAUUUUUCUUCACCUAUAAGCGUUGCGCUGAUGGAAGAAGUGUUAGUGAAAACCGUUUCCUGUUUGUCAUCUCUGACUGUUGACUUGAAAAAAGUCCGCUCGCUCAUCCGCAACACAUCUAAGUUUCCUAAAUCACUGUACAAAACCAGCUACAGUGCAUUACCAGACCCUGUGGCUAUUCGUCAAUUCGAUUCUCCAAAGCUAAGAGAGCUUCGUAAGAUUCUUGAGAAUAACGAGAAGGAGUUGGCAAGCGGUUCCAGCUCCUCGCUGUCGGAUCAGGAAGAUCUCAAAGCGUUGACGCAGUUUGAGUUAGAGGAGCUUUGUGUUGCCAUGUUGGACGAAUUGCCAGAGUUAUGUUAUGACCACAUUGGUAAUACUGUGGUGCAAAAGCUUUUCACAGUCGUCGAGUCUCCAUUGAUCAAGCUUAUGAUGGUUAAGGAAAUUGCACCAUACUUGACGCAGUUGGGCAUUCAUAAGAAUGGAACUUGGGCAAUUCAGAAGAUCAUCAAUUUGUGCCAAGACGAUUAUCAACAAAAGGUUAUCAUUGCGAGAAGUUUGAAGCCGUACUCUGUGAAGUUGUUCAAUGACCAAUUCGGUAACUAUGUCUUGCAAUGUUGCCUCAAAUUCGGUUCUCCAUUCAAUGACUUUAUUUUCCAAACCAUGAUAGACAACUUCCUUGAAAUCAGUUCUGGUAGAUUUGGAGCUCGUUGCAUCAGAACAAUUUUAGAGACUGCUAAUGAUCCUAAGUUUUCUAAUAAGAUGGCAGUAUCUAGCGAGCAAUUAUUUUUAGUGGCAAGCUUGAUUGUCGAGUACGCUAAUGAUUUGGUUUUAAACAAUAAUGGCUCGUUGUUAAUAACGUGGUUCCUUGACACAUUCAAUGGUUGCAGAGGAAUGGAAAACGACUCACGCUACAACUUGUUGUGUAACAAGUUUUUGCCGCACUUGGACAAGUUGUGUACUCAUAAGUUGGCUAACUUGACCAUCUUGAAAAUCUUGAAUAAUCGAGUUGAUUUGCAAGCCAAACAAACAAUUAUGGACGCUAUCUUCGGUCCAUUUCGUGAAUACGAUUUGAAUGACUAUGGGGUGGAACCUGCUUCUGGCCUAUUGGAAAGCAUUUUGGCUGAGAAUCAAGAACACAAUGCUGGUCCUUUGUUCAUUUUCAAGAUCUUAUCAAGCCCUACACUCUCUACCUUUGGCGAAUCCUCAUCUAGGUAUCAACAAUUUGUUGUGAACCAAGUGAAACGCAUUAUCAUGGAAAUGAAGAUAGUUAACCUUCAUCCUUACAAAAAAUUGAUAGAUGAGAUUGGCCUUUCUGUCAACAGAUUAAACAGAAGCUCAUCUGUGGGCAGAAAAAGCAAACGGGGAACAGGUAGAGGUGGCUCUAAGAGUUCUCCUCGCAAUCAAGGAAUUCCAUCGCAGAUCCAGCCUCAACUUGCGCAAUCUUCGAUGUUGCCACCACCAAUGGGUUACUUGCCCAAAAAAACCAUGAACUACAAUCCGUAUGCUCCGAUGCCAAGCCAGGAUUUUGUAGGCAAUGGGAAUAUGAUAGAACCAGAUAUGCGGGCUUCCUACUUUGAUCAGCAUUCACAAAGCUUCCAGCAAGAUAUGACGGUCAUGCAACAACUUGAACAGUUAUCAUUGAGCUCUGCCGCUUUAGGAUACGCAUCAAACCCGGGAACCCCACAUCCAUCCAAUCAAAAAAGUCUGUUCUUUUGA